AUGCAUGUAGAAAAGAACACUGAAGGCAAACCACCGUAUUCCUAUGCUAUGCUGAUUCGAUAUGCCAUCGAGAACAGCCCCAACAAGAAGCUGACAUUAAGUGAAAUCUACGCUUGGGUGACUGAGCACUAUCCCUUUUAUAACACGGCCGGAAACGGUUGGAAGAAUUCCAUUCGUCAUAAUCUAUCGCUAAACAAAUCCUUCGUCAAGGUUCCACGACCUAUCAAUGAACCCGGUAAAGGAAGUUAUUGGACGGUAGAU